AUGAAAAUCACGAAAAAAAAUCCUUGUGCAGUACUUGAAUCAACAUCAAAAAAUUUAUUAAACCUAGAAGAGGAUAUUGAACAACAAAUUAUUCAGAUAGAUGAACAUUUAAUAGUAAAUACAAAAUGUGUUACUGAUCCUGAAAGUUUGACACUCAUAGAGUCAAAAAAUGCACUAAACCUAGAUGAGAAUAUUGAACAACAAAUUAUUCAGAAAGAUGAACAUUUAUUAGUAAAUACAAAAUGUGUUAGUGACCCUGGAAAUUGGCCAAUCUUAACAGAUAAAAUUCGAACUUAUAUUGUUGAACAGGAACCGUAUCACCUUGACGUAAAUCAUUACUUUCCAUUAAAUGCAGAUGGUAGGCAUUUUGAUGGUAAAUGGUUUUUCAAAUAUUUACCGAAUGGUGAAAAUCGAAAAUCUCCAUUUUGUGACGACGGUUUUUCCGAUUGGCAACACUUAAAUCCUCGAAUUUCUGAACAUGAAUUAAGUGAUUUUCGUCGAAAAUGUUAUGUAGAUUGGAAGGAGUUUGAGAAACGAUUAAAAGAUGGUAAAACUAUUGAUAAUAAUUUGCAAGAAGCCAUUCAAAAUGAAAAAAAAAAUAAUAAAAAUAAUUUGCCAUUAAGAGGUUCAUCUGACAAAGUAGGCGAUGAUAAUUUUGGAAUUUUUCUCGGCUUAAUCGAAUUAAUAAGUCAGUAUGAUCCUUUAUUAGCCGAACAUGUAAAUAAUGUCAAGCAUAGUUACAAUCAUGAUAAAGUUCUUAGUUAUUUUUCUCCCAUUAUUCAAAAUGAACUAGUUAUAAUUAUGGGCCAACAAGUUAAACAAGAAAUAUUGAAUAGAACAAAUAAAUCUAAAUAUUUUUCCAUUCUCUUUGAUUGUACACCAGACGUUUCUCACCAAGAGCAAUUAACUGAAAUAAUUAGAUAUGUACACAUUGUUAAUGGAGAAGUAUCAAUAGAAGAAUCAUUUAUUGACUUUAUCAUAAGCCACGAGAAAACUGGAUCAGGAUUAGCUGAUGAAAUAUCAAGUAAAUUGAAAGAAGAUGGAUUAAACAUCAUGGAUUACAGAGGACAAGGCUUUGAUAAUGGCGCCAACAUGGCUGUAGUUCAUAAUGGAGUUCAGGCUCAUAUUAUUUCCAAAAAUGAUUUGGCUAUGUUUGUUCCAUGUGCUGCUCACAGUUUAAACUUAAUUGGCGUACAUGCGGCACAAACUUCUCCAACUUUUAUAACGUUCAUUGGUGUUAUUCAAAAACUAUUUACAUAUUUUUCUGGUUCAACAUCAAGAUGGAAAAAAAUUAAAAAUGUACUAAAAAUAACAUUAAAAUCACACUGUGAGACCCGUCGGUCUACUAAAAAACAGGCCGUAAGUGUACUUAAAAAUAACAUAAAAGGUGUUUAUGAAGUAUUGGAAAAAUUGUCUGAGGAUUCUAAACUUAAUAAUGAUACAAAGAUAGGUGCUAAACAUUUACUAUACCAAGUAAAUUUACAAUUUUUAUGUUUACUUAAUCUAUGGUAUAUAGUUUUAAACCAGAUAGACUACGUCAAUAUUGCAUUGCAAACUAAAAACCAAACCAUAGAUGUAGCUGUUAAAAUGUUGAACGGUUUAAUAAAAUCAAUUCAAGAAAUAAGGGAAAAUGGUUUUCAAAAAUGUCUGAGUGAGGCAAAAGAUAUGGCCAAAUCCUUAAAUAUUACUUCUGAAUUUACCAACAAACGUACCUCUGUUGAAUCAAAAGACACAGAAAAUAAAUUUAGAGCUCAAUGUUUUGAAGCAUUAGAUUCUAUUCUAUCCAGUUUAUGUUGGAGGUUUGAAAAAAUGUCACAAAUCGCAUCUGAUUUUAAUUUUUUGUCUGGUAACUUAUUAUCAACUAUGGAGUCUGAAAAAAUAAAACUCUGGGUUAAUGAUUUGGCAUUGAAGUAUGAUCGAGAUUUAAAUGCUGCAGAGUUGUAUUCUGAAAUUGAGAAUUUCAAAUAUCAGGCUCCAUUAUUAAUGACAAAAUUUGAGAAUGCAACUCAGUUAGAUAUUCUAAAGCAUAUUCAUCAGUACUCUUUAAAAGAUUUAUAUCCGAAUUUAGAGGUAGCACUACGGAUAUUUUUAACAAUUCCUGUCACGGCUUCUUGUGAAAGGAGUUUCAGCAAGCUGAAAAUCAUAAAAAAUUAUCUAAGAUCAACAAUAAGUCAAAAUCGUCUCACCGGAAUGGCUAUAUAA